GAAGACCACUGCAAUAAACGUAUGUGAGGAUCAUUAUUCUUUGAGACCAGCUUUGGCUCUGCAAGAAAAAUCUUAACUGACUUCAGGCAGUCUUAACUCUUACAUAUACUUCUAGGCUGUGGUGAUGUCCUGCUAGACCUACCACGUAAUUUGAAAGUAAGUGUGCUGAAUUCCCAUUGGCCUUUUGCCUAUGUUCAGUAGUAUUCAGUCAGAAAUGUGCAAAACAGUACCUGGAAGACCCAGAAAAAAAACUUGUCUUGAGCUAGGGCUAUACCUCUACUAUUAUUUUGCAGUCUAUGUUCCCGACCCCUCCGUCGUCAAGAGUAAGCCUAAUGCCUAAUCUCCCCGUCUUGCUUUUACAGAAAAAAGGCCCAUGCUGCUCCGCGCCUUCUGUCCCUUUCCGCUGAUUGGUCGAGGACCCAGAGCGCGAGCUGUUCGUUCAAAGUUGCGGAGAGCCGAGGCAGCUGAGUUUUUGGGCGUGCGCCUUAGUCUGGGAUGACCGCACCUGCCUGUGGCGUUGGCGAUGAGGGACCAGCUGUUAAAAAGCAGGCCCGGCGGCGUCCCUUCGUUCAUCCCUUCGUCGUGGUGUGUGACGGCCUGACACGAUAUGGCUUCUGUGGGAGGGAGUGAGAAAGAGGAAAACAUCCAGGUGGUCGUGCGUUGCAGGCCCUUCAGUAUGUCUGAACACAAGGCUAAUUCCUACCCUGUAGUGGAAUGUGAACAUGCAAGAAAAGAAGUUACAGUUUGCACUGGAGGGGUGACAGGUAAAAGAUCAAGAAAAACUUACACAUUCGACAUGGUUUUUGGAGCUCAAGCAAAACAAAUAGAUGUGUACCGAAGUGUAGUGUGUCCCAUCUUGGAUGAAGUACUUAUGGGCUAUAACUGUACUGUGCUUGCUUAUGGUCAAAGUGGUACAGGAAAGACAUUUACUAUGGAAGGGGAAAGAUCACCUAAUGAAGAAUAUACGUGGGAAGAGGAUUCACUCGCUGGUGUAAUUCCCCGAACACUGCAUCAGAUAUUUGAAAAGCUUGCAAAAAAUGGUACAGAAUUUUCUGUGAAAGUAUCUUUGUUGGAAAUCUAUAAUGAGGAGCUCUUUGAUCUUUUGAAUCCAUCUUCAGAUGUUGGGGAAAGGCUGCAAAUGUUUGAUGACCCCCGUAACAAGAGGGGUGUGAUAAUCAAGGGUUUGGAAGAAGUGACUGUACAUAACAAAGAUGAAGUUUAUCAAAUCUUAGAAAGGGGAGCAGCAAAAAGAACCACAGCAGCUACUAUGUUGAAUCAGUAUUCCAGUCGAUCUCAUUCAGUGUUUGCUGUCACAUUACAUAUGAAAGAAACAACAGCAAAUGGAGAAGAACUUGUUAAAUUUGGGAAGUUAAACUUGGUUGAUUUAGCAGGAAGUGAAAACAUUGGUCGUUCUGGAGCAGUUGACAAAAGAGCUCGUGAAGCUGGAAAUAUCAACCAGUCUCUGCUGACUCUGGGAAGAGUAAUUACUGCACUUGUUGAAAGAACCCCACAUAUUCCAUACAGAGAAUCUAAACUCACCAGAAUCCUGCAGGACUCUCUUGGAGGACACACAAAAACAUGUAUAAUUGCAACAGUAUCUCCUGCAUCUAUCAAUCUUGAGGAAACCCUCAGUACUCUUGAAUAUGCUCACAGAGCAAAGAACAUCAUGAAUAAGCCUGAGGUCAACCAGAAGCUCUCAAAAAAAGCACUUAUUAAGGAGUAUACAGAAGAGAUUGAACGCUUAAAACGAGAUCUUGCUGCUGUGCGAGAGAAAAAUGUGUACAUUUCUUUGGAAAAUUAUGACAUUCUUCAUGGCAAGCUGACAGCUCAGGAAGAACAAAUUGCAGAGUAUUCUGAUAAAAUUGCAGCAAUGGAGGAAGAACUGAAAAGAGUCACAGAGUUAUUCACAGUUCAAAAAAGUGACAGAGAAAAAUGCCAAACAAACCUGCAAGUACAGGAAAAAGAACUGGAAGACACUCAGAAGCACCUGGAAACAACCAACGUUCGUCUUGCUGAAGAUGUGGCUUCAACUUUGGAAACCACAGAAGAAAAACUUCAUGGCACUGCUACCAAGCUACUUUCUACAGUUAAAGAGACUACUCAAGAUGUGUCUGGUCUGCAUGCAAAACUAGAACGCAAAAAAGCGGUUGAGCAACAUAAUGCAGAAGCCCAGAAGACAUUUACAGAACACAUGGACACUCUUUUCAAGGAGAUCAAAAAAUCUUGUAAGGAGAACUAUUGGGAACAGCAGAUGAUGCUUGACUCUUACACUCAUUCACUUGGUGAUCUUCUGUCGGACAUUUCUUCAGCCUUUCAAGCUACUGCAGCAGCCAUUGUUGAAACAUUCAGCUGUCUCAAGGAAAGGGUUUCCACUGAAGUUUCUGUAGUUUCUGAAAAGAUCCUUAAGCAGGAGUCACUGACAUCUGAAAAUAAAAAUGACCUACAGAAGCUGAUAGAAGAACACGCUUCAGGGCUAAACCGAGCACUUAGCACUCUGUCACCUAUGCUGAAAUUUGUGAUGGAUAGAAAUCAUCAGUUGCAGGAUAACAUGAAGAAACUUUCCUCAGUGGCUGAAAAGAUGAUGCGCUAUAAAGAAGAAAUGACUGCCUUCUUUCAAGAUCACACUCUUGCCUUGCGUAAACUACAAGAAGACAGUUCCCGAAUGUUUUCUCAACUUCAGCAUGACUGUGAGAGUUUGCAGAAAGAGGUGGAAUUCGUAAGGGUGGAGCAAAAAAAGGGUAUGGCCAAGUUUAUUGUUUCUCUGCAAGAGCAAUUGGGCCUGCUGGAUCAAGAAACUGAUCAGAAAUUAAGUGGAAUCUCAGAGAAUGAUGGACAGUUGAAGAAGAGCAUUAAUGCUGUACAAAAAACACAUAAAAGGAGUGUCAAAAAGGAUAAAGAGAACCAGACAUCAGUCUUCCUAGAAAAGGCAAAAGAAGAAGAUUCAGAAGACACAUUGCUUUCAAGGUCAAAAUAUCUAUAAAGAACCCAGAGCUAAAGAAGUCAAAUGUUUUUGUUGCAAUUUCUCUCCAGUCCUGCAUGGCUUUUCAGCUUGAGCUGCACAUAUGGUGCUGUAGCAUUGGUCUUAUAAAUUAACUGUAAAAAGAUCUAGUAAAUAUCUCACCACUUUUUAUACAAUAUAAUAUACUAUUUUUUGCGAUAUUCAAACUUCAUACUUUAGUUCUCUUAAAUAAAGUUCUCAAAAUGCACUGAUAUAAGGUUUCUUUUUCCCUUUGUAAGGAGAACUGAAAUCCAUAACGGGGGAAAAGAAACUGUACUGAGUUUUGUUUUUUUUAAAAAAACACAUCUUGUUCUGUGUUGUCUGGAUAUCCUAUGUUGGACUUUUGUGAAAGUGCCUUUUAGAGCAAAGGUAUCGAAUUUUGUUCCUCUUUACUUUGUGCUUCAGCUCCCAUCACUCCUCUUUUUGGCCAGGGAUGACUAGAACCAGUGAGAGCUGAAGUCUGACAAUAUUUGGAGGAAUAUUGGAAAGAUGGAGUGUUAACAUUAGUUGAGGGCAAAGCAAAAGUGCUUGACUUAAACUGAAUCAUACUUAUAGGCCUAUUGAAUUCAAUGGGAUUUAAGUUACUGAUAGGUACGAUAAAAUUUGGAUCCAGUCCAUAGCUGGAUAUGUUCUGGUUUGCUAAAUCAUAUUUUAGAUAAAAAAUAGUUAGACCACUUCCCCAACCUUACCAGCAUGAGUCCUGAUCUCAUUAAACUGACAGUUU